AUGGCGGAGGCGCUGUCGGAGCUGGCGGCGCUGCUGGGCCCGGCGGCGGGCACGGGGCCGGCGGCGGCGGCGGCGCGGGCGGGGGCGGCGGCGGCGGCGCUGUCGCUGUCGGGCUCCGGCGAGGGCCGGCGGCUGCUGGCGGCGCACCCCGCGGCGCUGGCGGCGCUGCUGGAGCUGGCGGCGGGGCCGUGCCCGGCGGCGGGCGGCGCGGCGCGGCGCUGCCUGGUGAACGUGGCGGCCGAGGCGGCGGCCCGCGGCCCGCUGCUGGCGGCGCUGCCCGCGCUGCUGGGCCUGCUGCCGGCCGGGCCGGCCUGCGGGGCGCUCGCCAACCUGUGCCGGGAGCCCGGCGGGGCGCGGCGGGUGCUGCGAGGCCUCCGCGAGCGCGGCUGCGGGCUGGAGCCGCUGCUGCGGCCGCUGGGCGAGCCCCGGCCGCCGGCGGAGCUCGGGCCGCUGCUCUGCAACCUCAGCCAGGUGCCCGAGGGGCGCCGAGCCCUCCUGGACCGCUCCCGGUGCUCGGUGCAGCGGCUGCUGCCCUUCACGCGGUACCGGGACUCGGCCGGCCACCGGCGGGGCAUCGUGGGCGCGCUCCGGAACUGCUGCUUCGAGCACGAGUACCACGAGUGGCUGCUGGGCGACGAGGUCGACAUCCUGCCCUUCCUGCUCCUGCCUCUUGCGGGCCCCGAGGAGUUCCCUGAGGAUGAGAUGGAAAGGCUGCCCGUGGACCUGCAGUACCUGCCGCCGGACAAGCAGCGGGAGGAAGAACCCGACAUCCGCAAGAUGCUGCUGGAAGCCAUCAUGCUGCUCACAGCCACGAAGGCCGGCCGGCACACCGUCAGGGAGAAGGGCACCUACCUGGUCCUGCGGGAGCUGCACCGCUGGGAGCGGGAGCCUGACGUGCUGGCUGCCUGCGAGAAGCUCAUUCAGGUGCUGAUCGGGGACGAGCCCGGGCCGGGGAUGGAGAACCUGCUGGAGGUGAGCAUCCCCGAGGAGGUGGAGCAGCAGCUGCAGCGCCUGGACCGGGAGGAGGAGGAGCAGUGGCAGCGGCACGAGGCGCAGGAGCGGCACGAGGCGCUGUCGCAGUGACAGGGACGCUGUGCUCAGACCCCCCAUGCGGACAGGACCCCCCAGGACCACAGCCCCCCAGGGCGCCCCAGGACUGCAGCCCCCUGCUGCUGGGGAGCGGGCGUUGGGGCGCUGCCGGCUGGGCUCCCCUUGUUCAGGGCACCCCGUGCAGCUCGGCUGGGGCUGGGCAGGGCCCCCCCCGUGAAAUAAAGAGGUCAAUAAAGAGGUGUCCGGCCCGGA